GUAAAUGCUCCAGAUCUUCUGAAGCCCCUUGUAGUCGACAUAAAAGCUAAGAAUAAAAUUAAAAUUAAUUCCAAAAUCUCUGAUGACAACAUGAUUGGAAGAAUUUCCAAGCUUGAGAAAUAAGCUUGAAAGCUUACAGAAGGAAAAAAAGGUGCUGACUAGUAGUAACAACAACCUGAAGAUCAAGAUUGAGUCGAUUAAUCUCUACCCACUUGACAAGAGCUUCAUGCCAGAGCAAAGUGAGACAUACCAAGAGAUCUUCAUAACUGAGUUGAAAUAAGGAAUGAGAUGAAAGCAAACAGACUGUAUUGAAAUAUAAGCAGGAUUUAGCAGAAGCUCUAAUUCAGGUUGAAAAACUUAAGAAAGACAACUCUAAACUGAGAAAGACUCUUAAAAGAUAUAGAGUAAUGGUCCUUAAUUCCUCCCAAGUUAAGGAUAGGGUCAAUAUAAGCACCGAGAAAGAAUCCGAAGUUAGAGAAGCAACAAGGGAGUCAAAAUUCAAAGUGAACAAGAUUUCACUCAACUUAAAAUCCAAAAAUAGAGAAGACCUUAAAGAAUCAUUUCUUUCGAGACAAAAAGUUUCCUUCGAAAACAGUAGAUUCAACGCAAUGUUUUCUGAUGACUCAAAAGAGAAUGAAGAAGACACUCCUUUUAGGACGAGUAGUCUCAAGUUCGCUAGAAAGACAAGUGAGAAGAUAGUGAAUAGAUCCAGUUCUUUAGAUCUAACAGAAGGUCAGAUGUACAUCCUCAACUCAUUUGAUAAUAUUUUCACCCAAUACGAGCCCAUAAAUAACUUGAAGGACCUCUUUACAGUCACAAGGAAAGUGAUCUCUGUAAUGGUAGAUUGAGAUAAUAUUCAUAUUGCCUUGUUCAAUCAAGAGCUAGAGAGCGCUUACAAAUCUGAGGAUAAAUAAAUUAUCUAAAAAUGCAGCACUGAAAAGUCAUAAAAUGAUCCCAAGAGAUGAUUUGAUCAAAAUACUCUUUAAAGGACUUCACCUGACUACAUAUGAUGCAUAUGAAACUGUGAGCAAAGGCUUUAGGAAAUCUGGGAAGGUAGCUCAGUGUGUCUUUCAUCCCUACCAUAAAAAGAUUCAUUUAUCAAAAGGUAACAAAGGGGUAUUCUGAAUUAUCAUGUGUGAAAGAUAUCAAGAUGAGAAAUUAUCACUCAAAGGGCCUUUUGGGCUCAGAGACUCAAAUAUCUUAAAACUUAUCUGAAAAUACCUGAGCCAGAAAAUUCUUGCGCUUUUGACAAAAUUUGAGGCUAAGAAUACCCUGCAGAGAUCUUUAGGAAUUUUGGAUACGUUUAAAAAUCUCACUCAUGAGACUAAUUUAGCUACGAUUUUCCAGCACAUCACAACUUCAAUUCCAAAAGUCUUCAAUUGUGAUAGUUGUGGAUUAUUCUUCGUUGGAAAAGAUGUGAAAUGCAUCUACACUGCAGAAUUCGUGGGAAACGAAGGGGAUGGACAUGAUUACUUUAGAAAUAUACUAAAAUAUCCUAUUGGCCUCGGCUUCACAGGACAGUCAAUAGAGAGAAGAAAGCCUUUAGUGUAUUAUAGAGUCGAAAGUAUCCAUUCUGGGUCUGAAAAUAAGUCUACUAUAUCUCCUGAAGAGUUUGUAGCAGAAGUUGACAACUCAAUAUCUCAAGAGAAGCUCAAAAAUGGCCUCUAUGGACCUUUAUAUGACAAUGAAGGAAAUUUACAAGGAGCCAUACAGUUGCUUAAUAAAGAAAAUGGUAACGGAACUUUCACUGAAGAAGAAAUUGAGGAGUUCAAGUUCUUGUCAACCAUCCUUGCGAUAGUAAUCAGCAAGCAGUAUUCCACUUCAGAGGCAUUCAACCCUCAUAUUGAUGGACAAGCUUUACAGAUGUAUAAAUGUGUGAAAAAUUUAUUCAAAAUUCUCACCUCGGAUCUGUUACCCCUCUUUGCAACUAUGGAAUCAGGGGUUGAAAAGAACAUCGCUCGGAUUUCAAAACUCAUGAGUAAAAUUAUCAAUGCUAAAAGAGUUGAAGCCUUUAGAUCAAAUUACCUUAUGAACGAGCUAUUUGAGGAGCUACUUAAGGCAAAAAGAAAUGUUGGCGGCAAGGCCAUUGAAGAUAUCGACCAGCCAAGCUUUGAAAAUUCUGAAAAUUCAGACUAA